AAUGUUCGACUCAGCUUAAACCCAAGGAGGUGAAGUAUAUGCUGUAAAAAGCAUAUAAAUACACCUCCACUUCCCCCAUACUCAAAUCACAACAGCAGCAAUUCGCAUCAUCUCCUUCAGCCUCUUCGUCUCAAAAGAACAAAGAAAAUGCGCGCCUUCUCCAUCCUCGCAGCCACAGCUGCCAUUGUUACCCCCGCCCUCGCCGACUUCUACCUCUACGCCUCACAAAUCCACUUCAACCAAGAGGGUACCGACACGGACGGCUUCCUCUUCCUUGCUGGCCCACCCAGCUGUGAAGAUGUGUAUAACGCUGUACAAAGGACCGAAAGCGACGAUGUGAGCGGCAACAAGCAUGGCGUCCGCUGCGAGGACUGCGGUUCGGCUGCUGGUACUAUCGAUGAUCCCGAUAGUGUGAGUCCAACGGUUGUUGAAUGGAACGACGAUGAUUAUGGCCACUACAGUGAGUUCACCCCACUUAACGUAGGAGGGAUUUUGGUCCAAGAUGAACGAUUUGCUGAGAUGAAUAGCGUAUUACCGAGAUCGUGAUGGUGCUAUUGUGGACUUGGAUGGCAAUGUUGCGGGACGUUGCCAUACGGAUACUUCGGACUCGUACCUUUGUGAGUUUCUCCAGCCACAUACAUAGACGGGGGAAAGAUGAUUUUGUUUAGACUGGCGGCUAACAUCGAUGAUUUUAGGCUCGGACGUUCUGUCGACAUUUAAGGGUUGGUCCCAGAUU